CAACAAAAAUGAGCAGUUACAUGAAAUAAAAAAUGCAUGCGGUGCUGCUUUGCCAUUGCAUCAAAAACAACUUGGAGUCGCACUGAACUCAACUGCCCGAAAAACGCUGUCGACUUGGUCUUAGGUCGCCGGAAAACUCUACAUCCAUAAAUUCCGUCCAGGUUUGAGUUGUCUCCAUUAUCAAUCCAUAAUUUAUCUGUGCAAUAUGAUUAUUAUUCUGCUUUACAUUCUCCACAUCGUCAUGAACGGCCCAACUCUUUGCUUUGGAAAUAAGGUUGAGGACAAAAUUUUGAAAGUUGGAGAAGAGCUAUGGAGAGAAACUCUGCCAUUACAAGGUGGCUCUGGCUUUUAUCAAUUACAAGGUCUGAAACCACAUAUGUGGUAUGAAGUAAAGAUAUCAUAUCCAGCAUCUAUACCUGCUAGUUUCUCCUUACAAUUGAAGAGAGACAAGUCGGAUGCAGUGCUGAACAAUAACAGGAGAUUGCUCAACACUGAAAAGCUAAUUUUUAAGACCGGUAACGAUCAGGAUGAACCCCAUUUAAUAUUAGUGACUGUGGAGCCAGAGGGGUUUCCUGCAAAACAGCAUGUACUCGAGAGGCAAUUUAUCAUCUUUAAUAUAGUGUGCGAUGAACUACUGUUAGGCUUACCCUACAAAGUUUGGUGGGUAGUGGCACUGGCAUUUGUGUGUCUCGGAAUUGCAUUCGUUGUUCCUUCUUUUCUUCCAUUGUAUUUGCUUCCAAAGAACCAAGUGCUACAAUCAGACCAUGUUUCGAAAACUUCUUGAUAAGCUUUCCAGGGAAAUGUAGUUAUUGGACGGUUGUUUAUCCAAAUGCUGUGGCACCCUGCAUGUCAUUCAAGAUAUAGUUUUGGAAUUUACCUUCUGACCAUUAAAAUUUCAAGUUUUUAUUUUGUUCCAUCAGUUAUAAUGUAACCGAACUAUUCAUGCUUAUGAUGAUGCUUACGAGUUGAUGUUUUGUUAUUUUAGCAAUAUGUAAGAUUAGUUAUCUUUUGUCAUUUUAAUUCAACAUAUAAACUGAAGCUUGGGUCUUUUGGGACA